AUGAUUCAGAGCUUUGAGGACAUCGAUGAGGCUGUCGCAGAGUACUUGGAGCGCCGACGAUUCGCUAACACCCUCGAGUGUUUUCGAUCAGAGAUACGGCAUCGCACACUCCUAAGAGACCGGCUUGGGAAGUCUGACGAGACGCUAGAAGGCUCUGAGGGGGGGCGAAGAAGAAGGAGCGGGUGUGGCGACGAAGGCCGUGAUCGUGGUCACCAAACAACUUCCACCGGCAGUGUUGCUUUAUUCAAAGCGUUCGAUGAUGGCGACUUGUCCGCUUUCCUGUCAGCUUGGGCGGCGUUCAUUCCAAAUAUUUUGCGACGCGGGACGCCAUCCUCCCUGGCGCGAGAACUCCGAGUGGCGGAGUUCUUGGCCUGCGUGCACUGUGCGGUGUUGCCGUUUCGAGCCACCGCUCUGGCGAAAGCGGCGGGGCCGAGGGAGGCAAGCGUGGCCUGUGCGAAGUCAAUGUCAUCGUUCAGGAGGUAUCUCGACCGCGCGCAAGACGUUCCUCGUGUGCCCGACUUGUCGGGCUACUACGCCCUUCCCCACGUGCCCGACCCGUCCGUUCACCCGUCGUUCGAGGCUCUGUUCGAAGACACUUGGUCGGUGAGCAAGGGAAAAUAGUCCCUGGUGCCAACCACAGGAUAGAGAG